CAUGGAGGGGGCGGAGGCGGAGGCGCGGGAGGGGGCCGCCGUGGCCCGGGACCUGCUGGCCCUGGGGUACGAGGGCUUCCCGGGGGCGGCGUCGCUGAGCACCUCGUGCCCAGACUUCCGGGCGCUGUGCGCGCGGCUGGCGGCGGAGCUGGCGGCUCUGGGCGCGCUGGAGCGGGAGCCAGAGUGGUGCGCGGGGGCGCUGAGCGGCGGCGACGGUGGCAGCCCUCCUUAUUUGCACCGCUCCGUUUCCCUACUUUUAGGCUUUCUCUGCUCCGAGCUCCAGGCAGCCCGCCUCCUCCGCCUGCACCCCUGGCUGGAUCCCCGCCCUGCGCCGCCCGGUGGCCAAGGGACAGAGGGGGGAGCCAUGGUCCAGGAACUGGUCCUUGCUCUUCAAGCCCUGGGGCUGCCCAGACCCGCGCCGGGGACCCCUGCCAGCCGGCUGCUGCGGGAGUUGCACGCCAAGGUCUCGGAGCUGCUGCCCUCCCUGCCUCGGGGGUCCCUGCAGCCCCUCCUCAGCUCCCCGCUGGAUGCGCCCAGAUGGGAGGCGUUGGAGUCCCUGGCCCAGAGCCUGCAAGAGCAGUACUGCUGCCGCCGCCGGCUCCUCCUCCGGCGUUUGGACCUCACGACGUCGGCUUUCCACUGGAGUGACCGCGCAGAGGUCCAUGGAGAGGCCAUGAAGGCAGUGCUGAUCCCAAUCCGAGAGGCUCUGACCCCGGAAGCGGAGGUCUCCAUCGCACACGUCCUGGCUGCCCGAGCCGACCUGUCUCGUCUCGUCCCAGCCACCAGCAAGGCUGCCCGCCGAGGGACCUGCUGUGCCAUCAAUAAGGUGCUUAUGGGCGACGUGCCAGACCGAGGGGGCCGCCCCAGUGAGCUGGAGGCUCCCAUGCCCAGCUGGAAGGACAGAAGAGAGGACAGAGGUGGGCAGAAGGCAGGCCGCCAGGGCUGGGGCCACAAGAAGAAGAAGAAGAAGUAA